GGCUUUAUCAUGCUUAAGAAGACAAGUUUCUUAAAAGGUUGUAAAGACAAAGUGAGCAGUAACAGAAAUGUUGAGUGGGGCUCUUUCAGACGACUUUAUUGCCUUCCCCUGAGUACAAAACAGGCUGCCUCACUCAGCUGACACUUGUUUUAAUGAGGGAUGAGCCACAACGGGGUGAUUUUGUACAAGUUCAUUACAUCACAUCCUCCAGCCAGACUGUCCUCAGGGCACACCAUUCAGCCUGGGCAUUGGGUGAAACUGGACCAAUUUUAAAUCAUUUACAGAGGCAUAUAAAAUCCAAAGGGCCUUGAUGCUGAAGACAUUUGUAUGUAGGCUCAGGUAUGUGGCUGCUGGAGAGGAUGAGACUCUGCCCAAAAUGCCAUGCUCCUUCAUGCUUUUAUCAAUCACAUUUUAUUUCUUCAAUUCAGUUCUCCUGGGAUUGGUGCCAAAAAUAGAUUUCCACAUCUUAUACCAGCAAAGGCCAGGGAAGAGAAGGGUGUAAGUUUCCAGUUUAAAUGUUACAAGGUAAACAUCCAGCCUCCUCACCCCAGCCUUCAGAUCAGCUUCACUCUCCAGAGUCAGUGUUCUAUUGUGGAUGUUAACAGCAUUCAAAAUACUGAUAUUCUUCAUCUAUGCUGGGGAAUAGUGCAGUGGUUUCUCAUGUUCACUGGGAAGUGAUCUGCCUUUACAUAAAGCCCUCUUCUUCUAAGCAUGAGUAUUAUGAAACCCACAGGAAUCCAUAAAGAGUGAUGGAACGUUUUUCUAAAAUGUCACACCCGUACAUCUUCCACCUUCUGUGAUUCAGAAGCAGAGUAAAACCCCAUAAAUCAUUCAACUGCUAUGAUUCACUGCCCUGAUUCAUACACUUGAUACAAAUAUUCAGAGAUCAAAGUGGAACCUAGUCCCCCCCAAAGAUUUAAAUGAUUUUUCAAUGCUUGCCAUAAAAAUGGACUUCCAGCUAAACCUAAAGCUUCUCCUGAUUGUUAUUGGCAAGUUCUCUGCAGUAAAGAUUGAUGCUGUCUUUAGGAAUUGUAUGGUGUAGUACAUAAAGCAAUGUAUUCUGCAGUUGUGCUUCCUCCCUAGCAAGGCUGAACAGGGGACACUGAUUGCUCAGGGGGCUUAUGGGCAAAUAUUUACAGGGAAUUAAAAAAGAAAAAAAGGAAAUUUCUUCCCCGUGAUGGAAUCUAGGAGCCCCCUAAACCUUCUUGUAUUAACUUUGCAGUGGAUGAAGGUGUUAAACUGGCAUGUCUCUACCAACAGGGGAGUGAUCCUUUUAAGUCCUUUGCUUCAUCCCCACUUGUGAAAUUUGUUGUGCCAGUGGGACGAGGCUGGCUAUAAAACCCCAGCACCGGGGACCUCCAUCCAGCUCGGGCAGCCUGCCAGCACAUCUCUGCCGAGAGCAGCCCCAGGGAGAUCCCCCCCCUUAUCCCUGCCGGGCCGGGAACUGCAUCUCUACCGGAGGAGGAUGGACCUGAGGUGUGCCUGGAUGCUCUGCGUGCUCUGCCUCAUCCUCACGGUCCAAGCGUUUACCCAGGAGCGGUUCAAGGAGGUGGUGCUGAAGCAGCUGGGGCUGUCCGAGGUCCCUAAACUUCAUACGAGAGACUUGGUGGACCUGGUUAUCCCAGACCACGUCAAGAACAAGUACGUGUCCAUGCUGAAGCGCCAGAGGGUGAAGCGCCGAGCUCUGCCGAGCCUGGCUGGCAUCCUCAGGGGGACCCCGGGACACACAGGUUUGACAGGGGAAGUCCUCUACUCAGACACAACCACACGCCAGAAGCUGAUGUUUGACAUGGAGGGCAGAAUACCUAAAAACAGCGAAGUCACAAUGGCUGAACUGAAACUCUUCAAAAAGCCUCUGGACAGAGCAAACCUCCCUCCCAAGCAGUCUCACAGGCCUGUCUCCAGCGCCAGAGUCAGCGUGUACUGGGUGCAGCAGCAACACGAUGGUACCAACAGGACAUCCCUGAUAGAUUCCAGGCUGAUUCCUAUUCGUGAGUCGGGCUGGAAGAGCUUUGAUGUGACCCAGGCCGUGCAUUACUGGCUGCGAAACAAGAGGCAGGAGCCGAUGUUCCUGGAGGUGUGGAUCGAAGGGGAAAGGCUGGGCAGCUAUGCCUCGGAGAUGGCCAAAGCCGUGCACUUCACCUCGCAGGACCCCAAGGAUAAAGCCCUCGGCAAGCCUGAGCUGGUGCUUUACACCCUCAGUUUGGAUGACUACGGGAGCCCUGGGGACUGCAGGGAGGAGGCGGUGAUGGGGAAAUCCACCUGCUGCCGGCAGAAGCACUACAUCAGCUUCCGUGAGCUGCCGUGGGCGCAGCACUGGAUCCUGGAGCCGGCGGGGUUCCAGGCAUACCGCUGCUCCGGGAGCUGCCUGCAGCCGCCCCGCGCCCUGCUCCUCCCCGGCUCCGGGCAGCGCUCCUGCGCCGUGGCGGGGAGCUCCGCGCUGCCCAUCAUCUACCUCGUCAAGAGGGGCAACCACACCGAGAUUGAGGCAGCCGAGUUCCCCAACAUGAUCGUGGAGAGGUGCAGCUGUGUCACGGACGGCGCAGCACUGGUGUGACGAGUGGGUGGCCUGGAGUGUCAUCCAUUCCCUGCAGUCCUGCCAAGAGCCACCCUGGCCCCCAGCCCCGGGGCCAGGGAUGAAGGUCCUGGGGGGUUCCGACCUGCAAGGGCCAGCAGCACUGGGGCCCUGCUGCCCUGCAGAGAGAGUGCACUUGGGGCACUGUCCGUGUAGAUGGGCCCAGAGGAUAUGUGAGGGGUACCUUAGGAGCCUAGUGCUUCUCAGGGCCUCCUUGAUGCCAGCUGAAUUUCACUGAGUUUAUUUCAUCCCCCACCCUGGAGUACUACAAACAGCUCCAGGCAAAACAAGAGUGCCUAUCACCAGGUGAAGAACAAAUUUGUGGGCUCAGCUUUUCAUUCUUAGGCUGCUGGGUUUGGUCCUUGUCUGCCCAAGCCAUGUUUAUGGUGAGCUGGAGAGCAGAAGCACUUACAUGUAUAUAAACUGUACACACACACAUGCACACAUGUACAGUGUGUAUGAAUAAAUGUGUGUAUUGUCUACAUACUGGAUAGCUACAUAUUGAUUACUUACAUAUAUAUACGUACAUAAAAUAUUUCCUAGAGCUCAAAGGAGCAUAUUUAUGUGCAUAUGUACUGCAUGUACAUAUACAUAUCUACAUGUACAUAAAAUAUCUGAAACUCAAAGGCUUAUAUUUUUGGCCCCUAAACCAUGGGCUUAACACAGUUUGAGGCAGAAUUUAGAGUCCUGGAAUCAACAGAAGCAUUAGGACUUAGGUUUGCUUGUGUGAAUAACAGUUUGUUUUUCUGAUUCUGUAUUGCAGUUAUUUCAAUUUAGGGAUACUUUUCAAGUUGUGUGUGCUUUGAAA